ACAAAGGGAGAGGAGAUGAAGCAGUGGAGAGAGAGCAUGUGAAGAAAAACUAAUUUUGAUAAUCUCUUCCUCGGCUCCUCCUCUGCUCCGAUAGAUUUCGCCGGCGAUGGCGGUGGAAUCCUUAGAAAUGGAGAUGGACACGGCGGUGCGUGUUGUCCACCUCGCUUCUUCUCUCUGUGUUAAAGUUCAAGAGAAGCUUCAUCUUCCUAACGGUGCUCACGUCAAGUCUAAAGACGAUGAUUCCCCUGUCACCGUCGCAGAUUUUGGUGUUCAAGCAAUUGUGAGUUGGGUUUUAGCUGAAGUUUUUGGUGAUCAAAACCUUUCCAUUGUCGCUGAAGAAGACACUGAGGCUCUCUCGGAAGCUGAGUCUUUAGGACUUUUAGGAGCUGUCUCGAAUGCUGUUAACGAAGCGUUAUCUGAAGCUCCCAAAUACGGGCUUCCGAAGCCAGUUAAACAGUUGGGAUCGAGUGAAAUCCUUAAGGCUAUUAGUCGAUGUAACUCUGUUGGAGGUCCUAAAGGAAGGCAUUGGGUUCUUGAUCCCGUUGAUGGAACGUUAGGAUUUGUUCGUGGCGAUCAGUACGCUGUUGCUUUAGCUUUGAUAGAGAAUGGUAAAGUUCUGUUGGGUGUUCUAGGAUGUCCUAAUUAUCCGGUUAAGAAAGAAUGCUUAAGUAAUGGUUGUAACCAAGCUAUGAAGAAAAACUCUGUAGCUGGAUCAGUAUCUAAAGGAUGUGUCAUGUAUGCUAAGAAAGGUAGUGGUCAAGCGUGGAUGCAACCGUUAAUCGCUGGAGGAUUCCCUGAAUCUUCAACAACACUCCUUAAGGUUUCCUCAGUCGAUGAUCCGGCUUUAGCUACAGUUUGUGAGCCAGUAGAGAGAGCAAACUCAAACCACCUGUUCACAGCAGGACUUGCCAAUAGCAUGGGAGUUAGAAAACAGCCCUUGCGAGUGUACAGCAUGGUGAAAUACGCAGCGAUUGCUCGUGGAGACGCAGAAGUGUUUAUGAAGUUUGCACAGUCUAGUUACAAAGAGAAGAUAUGGGAUCACGCAGCUGGAGUUGUUAUUGUGGAAGAAGCUGGUGGUGUGGUGACUGACGCAGGAGGUAGAAACUUAGACUUCUCGAAAGGAGUAUACUUGGAAGGUCUUGACAGAGGAAUCAUCGCGUGUUCUGGUCAAGUUUUACAUGAGAAGAUUAUAGGUGCUGUUUAUGCUAGUUGGGAAUCUUCAAGUCUUUGAAAAAAAAAAAAGCUUAUCCCAUAAUCCUCACUUAGUGCAGCAUCAUCGAGCCAACGUCUUCAAAGUAGGUAAACAAGAAAAAAAACUGUUACAGACUAUAGUGUUCAUCUAUUUAGACGGAUUCCGGUUUGAACCGGUUUAUUUUUCCGGUUUAGGGGGAAGAUUCGGUAAACCACACGAUUUACAGUGCGGAGAAGUAAAUAUAGUCGAGGAAGCAGCGGUAAAAAAAAGUAAGAAUCUAUUUAUUUCACCUAUCUAGAGUAAUAAAAGCUGCUACGUUUUCCACAUACCUUAAUUCCCCUAAAAUGGAUGAUAUAAUUUUUUUUUAUCUUCGUCCUGUCAUUUUUUUUUAUCAAAACGCGGAUUAUGUAUGUCGUUUUAUGACAAAAUACAAAAAUUACUACAAA